CGAUCUUGACACAGGUUUUAUACAGAAUAAAACGCUCAACAGAACCGUUCGGUGGUUCACGAAGUGCACGUCGAGAAGUCUUCACAGAGUACUCCGUAGGUGGCUUUUUGCUCACAGAAAUUAUUCUGGUCAAUAUUAUUGUUUUACAUUCACGUGGAGAAUAGAGCCUUGAAAGGCAUUCUGACAUUGUCAUAAUUCAUAUCUGACAUUUCUGUAAAAAUAGCGAGAUGAACUUUGAUGUUGCAUUUUGAGGAGAGUUGUAGUAAAGGAAGUUGUUUUAAUGUCAAGGCAUCCGCAUACACCAUCAACAGGAGAAAGUAGGGAACCUAAGAGGAAGCUUUGAAAACUGUUCGGGAUUAUAGGAUGGCUGCAGAAUGUCAACAUUGUGUAUCUCAUGGUAAGUGUACAAUAAGAUGUUGGACAAUCUACUAUAGUUUUGCUCAAAAUUCUAUGCAAAUGCAGUAUAGGAACGAGUGAGCCGAUAUUAAUCUAGAUCCUUGAAUGGUUCUCCAGUGUGAACCCAAGUGUGAAGGAGAAGAAAGGAAGACCUGUGAAACCAUGGAGGUCUUCAGCUGUGUUUCUUGAAACCUUCCCUGAAGAGAAACAUUUUGGUGUAACGUGAUCAGAUCUGCAUUAUCAAGUCACAAGUUAUUGCAAAAGCUACUCGAUUGCAUAGUCCUUUAUUUGGCCAUGCAGGACCACUAUGUAAGCUAAUGAGAGGAACGUUUGGACAGUAAGUUCCGUUAUUUUUUAAGAGGUGUAUACAGGAAGAGUUAGCUACAGAAAAGGAUCAAAAAGUUGUGUUGCAAGGUUUUGUAACUUCAUCCUAUGUUAUUUUCAUGGGACAUAAAAGAAUGAACGUCUUUAUAUUUUCAACUUGUUGGAGACAGCAUAAUAACAGCAGAAUAAUCUACGAAUAUAGUCUUUCUUUAUUCUGCAAGCGAGUGUUUUUUUUUUACUAUAUAUGUAUUUUUUUCUUUGUGCAAUCUGUGAAAUAAAAUUCAAGUAGAACACUAAAAACAUUCAUUAUCCUUCUGAUUUAAGUGAUUGCAAUUUGGAACACCGCCUGUACUGCAACGACUUAUCCAUUAGCAAUGGACUCUGGAAUGGACUUCGGAUUAAGCUAUUCCAAGAAGUUCCACGAUGUGUUUCGUUUUGGAUGAAACAGAAUAUUAUUGUUAGAGUUCACAAUACAAUCGCCUCGUUUCCAUCUUAGAACAUCAGAUGAAAGAACCAUUCUCUCACUUUGAAACUGUAUACUUUCGUAUAUACCCAACGGAUUUCCAACACAAAUAUCUACAUAAUUCUAUACACUGGUACGGAGAUCAAAUUGAAAAUGGCGAAUGAAUCGUCGAUACACGAUGUUGGGUACUCGGAGUAUGUCGAUACGAACUGGACAUCGAGCGACAACUCAUCGACAGGAUCGGGGAGUUGUUCGGUUGAGGUCAGCUCAGCGAGGGAAGAAAUGGAAGUUCUACGAUCUGUAAGGUGGGGUAUCGCCGUACUUGUAACCCUCACUGUACUAUGUAGUGCUACUAUCGGCAUGUUUCUACACUCCUGGAUGAAGAUCAGAAGACAUGUACCUUACGGAAAUAGAAGAAUAUUUCUUGUUCGUCUAUUUGGACUUUUCCCGGUCUUUUCAGGAACAUCUUUAGCUGGAUUUUAUGUCCCCAAGGCAUCGCUUAUUGCAAACUGGGGAGCAAGUUUAUAUCUUUCGACGACGCUUUAUACUUUCGUUCUCCUGAUCGUUGACUACUACGGUGGGGUUGAGCCAAUGGAGCAUCACAUUGAAGGUGUCAAAGUGUCCCUCUCAGCCCCACCCCUCACAUGCUGCUGUCCAUGCUUGCCAAAGAUUAAUUUCACCAUGACGAACUUUCAUCGAUUAAGACGACUAGUCUUACAGACCGCUUACAUCAGACCUCUUUGUGUAUUCAUCGGUGCUGUGUUGUGGGCAGACGGUAUCUAUAAACCAUCCAUAAUCGAGGCCGACUCGGCCUUCGUCUACCUCAGCAGUAUCAGUCUCGUAUCGUCCCUAGUCGCUGUCUACGGUCUCUCCGUCAUCUACAACGCCACUCACACCACACUCCAGCACUUCAUGAUCUCCAUCAAGUUUACAACCAUCAAGAGCGUGCUCAUCAUUACCAACGGUCAGAACCUCCUCAUCGCCAUCCUCAUCGCUACUGAUGUCAUCCCGUGCGUGGGACCCCUCGACUCGGCCGUCAGGGGAGAACUUCUCUACAACAUGCUCGUGGUGUUCGAGAUGUUCCUCUUGACAUUCAGCUUUAAACUCUACUACUGGCGAUGGAUGGUCAAACACGAGUACGGUCACCGGUUCGCAUCGGCAUCGGUCGGCGACUUCGCUGACCUCGGUGAAAACGCUCCCAUGAACAUCACCCACGACCGCAUCAACGACCUCCAGGAAAAAUCGAGCGCCAACGGGUCCCUGUCAAAUAUCUCGAAGACGGGUUCGUUUAAGAGCGAGACCGUAGUUUGAUCGAGUGGAGUCUAUUGGACACGAUCGGAUUUGCCUGCGAUUGGUUUGCGACUGAUAUACGAUUGAGUGACAAUUGAAUCAAACGACGGUAACGAGUCUCGUUCAUGACCUCGCGAUGUAACAACAAUUUUAAGUGUUAACAUCAUGCCAAUACUAUUGUCUGAUUGGCUGGAAGUUGGAUUGAGCCUACGACCCAAUGGGUUAUGGUAAUUCU